AUGGUUGUUAAAAGUGAUCAGCAUCUGGAGUACGAGCCUAUCAAGGGCGAAGUGCCAGAAGCUUACUCAGUGUACAAGUAUGACGAGGUUCCAGAAAACAGCUCCUGGGCCUCCACUAUCCCAACUUCUAAGGGACUGUAUGACCCAGCCUACGAAAAAGACAAUUGUGGUGUUGGUUUUGCCUGUCAUAUUAAAGGUGAGCCAUCCCAUAAGAUCAUUUCCGAUGCCAGAUACCUUUUGUGUAAUAUGACCCAUAGAGGUGCUGUGGGGUCUGAUGCUCGUGACGGAGACGGUGCGGGUGUUAUGACUUCCAUUCCUCAUAAAUUCAUGGCCAGAGAGUUUGAGUACCACUGUUCAGUUGAACUUCCUCCUAGUGGACAAUAUGCUGUCGGAAACUUGUUCUUCAAGAAAGACGAGACCGUUUUCCAGAAAUCCAAAAGCACUUUCGAAAACAUCGCUUCGAGCUUGGGACUUAGAGUCCUUGGCUGGAGAAACGUUCCUGUCGACUCCUCCAUUCUGGGUCCUGCUGCCUCUUCCAGAGAACCUCUCAUUCUGCAGCCUCUUGUGGUUCUCGAGGAAGUUUACGGCCCAGGUAACAAGCCAAAAACUGCUUACACCCCUGAAGAGUUUGAGUCCAAAUUCGAGAAAACUUUCGAAAAGAAGCUUUACAUCCUCAGAAAGCAAUCCACCCACACCAUUGGUCUCCACAACUGGUUCUACAUUUGUUCUUUGACCAACAAAAACAUCGUUUACAAAGGUCAGCUAGUUCCUGCCCAAGUUUAUUCUUAUUACCAUGACUUAGUCAACGCCGACUACGAAUGUCAUUUUGCUUUAGUUCACUCCAGAUUCUCCACAAACACCUUCCCUUCGUGGGACAGAGCUCAGCCUCUUCGUUGGGCUGCUCACAAUGGUGAGAUCAACACUUUGAGAGGUAACAAGAACUGGAUGAGAGCAAGAGAGGGUGUCAUGCAAUCCAAACUGUUCGGCGAAGAACUGGAGAAAUUGUACCCAAUCAUCGAGGAAGGUGGGUCCGACUCGGCCGCUCUCGAUAACGUCUUAGAGUUGCUUGUCAUCAACGGCAUCCUAUCCCUUCCAGAAGCUGUUAUGCUGUUGGUCCCAGAAGCUUGGCAGAACAAUGAAAACAUGGACUCCAAAAAGAGAGCAUUCUACGAAUGGGCUGCUUGCUUGAUGGAGCCAUGGGAUGGUCCAGCUCUUUUCACCUUUGCUGACGGAAGAUUCUGUGGUGCAAACCUCGACAGAAACGGUCUCAGACCUUGUAGAUAUUACGUUACCGAUGACAACAGAAUGAUCUGUGCUUCCGAAGUCGGUGUGAUCCCAAUUGAGACCAACAAAAUUGUGGAGAAGGGCAGAUUGCAACCAGGAAGAAUGCUUUUGGUUGACACCAAGGAAGGAAGAAUUGUGGACGAUAAGGAACUGAAGAAGCAAGUUGCUGCCAGAUUCGAUUUCAAAGCAUGGAUUCUGUCCAACAUGAUCACCAUGCCGGAACUCUUCACCAAGCUUGAAGGCAAGAGCGUUGAACUCAGCAGCCCUGUUGAUCUUUCUUUGAACGUGCAGGAAGAUCCAAAAUUACUCGCAUUCGGUUACACCCAAGAACAAGUUGUUACUCUGCUUGGACCAAUGGGAACUGCUGGUAAAGAGGCUCUUGGAUCCAUGGGUAACGACGCCGCUCUUGCUUGUCUUGCCGAACAGCCAAGACUGAUGUUCGACUAUUUCAGACAGCUGUUUGCUCAAGUCACAAAUCCUCCUAUCGACCCUAUCAGAGAGAGAAUUGUCAUGUCUCUUGAGUGCUACAUUGGUCCUCAAGGAAACCUUCUGGAGAUGAAUGCAUCGCAAUGUAAUAGACUUUUGAUGCCUUCUCCAGUUCUCUUGAACAAUGAAAUUGCCGCAUUGAAAGAGAUCAACAAGGUUUAUCCAAAAUGGUCUGUUGCCAACAUCGACAUCACCUUCGACAAGUCUGAAAGUUUGACUGGUUACACCGACGCCUUGGACAGAAUCUGUCAAGAAGCUACUCAGGCAAUUGUUGACGACCACCAAAUUAUUAUUCUUUCUGACAAGAACACCAGUGCCGAAAGGGUUCCUGUCAGCUCUUUGAUUGCCUGUGGUGCUGUUCACCACCACCUUGUGAGACAAAAGCAACGUGCCAAGGUUGCUUUGAUCUUGGAAACCGCUGAAGCUAGAGAAGUUCACCACAUCUGUUGUUUGGUCGGUUAUGGUGCUGAUGCCAUCAACCCAUACCUCGCCAUGGACACAUUGGUCAGAUUGAACAAUGAAGGCCUUUUGGCCGGUAACUUGACCGAUGAUCAAGUUCUUGGUAACUACAAGCAUGCCAUUGAUGAUGGUUUGCUCAAGGUCAUGUCCAAGAUGGGUAUUUCGACUCUAGCUUCUUACAAGGGUGCCCAGAUUUUCGAAGCUCUGGGUGUGGACAACUCUGUUAUUGACAGAUGUUUUGCUGGUACUGCUUCCAGAAUUAAGGGAAUUACUUUUGAGUACAUUGCCCAAGAUGCUUUCUCUCUUCACGAGAAGGGAUUCCCAACGAGAGCUACUGUUUUGCCUAAGGGAUUGCCAGAGUCUGGUGAAUAUCACUGGAGAGACGGUGGUGAUGCUCACGUGAACGAGCCAACUGCUAUUGCCAACAUCCAGGAUGCUGUCAGAAACAAGAACGAGAAAGCUUACGACGCAUACUCCAAGAAAGAGUACGAAGCUAUCAAGAACUGUACUCUCAGGGGAUUGUUGGACUUUGACUUCUCCAACUCUACUCCAGUUCCAAUCGACCAGGUUGAGCCCUGGACUGAGAUUGUGAGAAGAUUCUGUACCGGUGCCAUGUCUUACGGUUCUAUUUCUAUGGAAGCUCACUCUACUUUGGCCGUUGCCAUGAACAGAUUGGGAGGUAAGUCCAACACUGGUGAAGGAGGAGAAGAUGUUGAGAGAUCAAGACGUUCUGAGAACGGUGACUCCAUGAGAUCUUCGAUCAAGCAAGUUGCCUCUGGUAGAUUUGGUGUUACUUCUUAUUACCUUGCUGACUCCGAUGAGUUGCAGAUUAAGAUGGCCCAAGGUGCCAAGCCAGGUGAAGGUGGUGAAUUGCCAGGUUACAAGGUUUCGAACAACAUUGCCAAGACCAGGCACUCCACCGCAGGUGUCGGGUUGAUUUCUCCACCUCCUCACCACGAUAUUUAUUCUAUUGAGGAUUUGAAGCAGCUCAUUUACGACUUGAAGUGUGCUAAUCCAAGAGCUAGAGUUUCCGUCAAGCUUGUUUCUGAAGUUGGUGUUGGUAUCAUUGCUUCUGGUGUCGCUAAGGCCAAGGCAGACCACAUUCUGAUUUCUGGACACGAUGGUGGUACCGGUGCUGCCAGAUGGACCGGUAUCAAGUAUGCUGGUUUGCCAUGGGAGCUUGGUCUUGCUGAGACUCACCAAACUCUUGUUUUGAACGACUUGAGAGGAAGAGUCACUGUUCAGACCGAUGGUCAACUCAAGACCGGAAGAGACAUUGCUAUUGCAUGUUUGCUUGGUGCAGAAGAGUGGGGUUUCGCUACCGCUCCAUUGAUCUCCAUGGGAUGUGUUUUCAACAGAAAAUGUCACACAAACACUUGUCCAGUCGGUAUUGCUACUCAAGACCCUGUUUUGAGAAAACAAUUCAAGGGAACUCCUGAGCACGUUAUCAACUUCUUCUACUACGUUUCUAACGAGCUGAGAGGAAUCAUGGCCAAGCUUGGUUUCAGAACCAUCGACGAGAUGGUUGGUAGAACCGAAAAGCUUUACGUUAGAGAUGAUUUGAGAACCACCAAGAAUGCCAACAUCGACUUGUCUCCAAUUCUUACUCCUGCCCACACCAUCAGACCAGGUGUUGCUACCAGAUGUAUCAAGAAACAGGAUCACAGAUUGCAUGUCAGAUUGGACAACAAGCUUAUCGAUGAGGCCGAGGUUACUCUUGAUAAGGGUCUGCCUGUCACCAUUGAGGCUGAGGCUAUCAACACCGAUAGAUCUAUCGGUACUACUCUUUCUUACAGAUGCUCCAAACGUUUUGGUCCACAGAGCUUGCCUCAUGACACUAUUCAUGUGAAUAUUAGAGGAUCUGCAGGUCAAUCCUUUGGUGCCUUCCUUGCUUCUGGUAUCAGCUUGGAGCUUGAAGGUGACUGUAACGAUUACGUCGGAAAGGGAUUGUCUGGUGGAAGACUGAUUGUCUAUCCACCUAAGGACUCCAAGUUCAAGGCUGAGGAGAACAUCAUUAUUGGUAACACCUGUUUGUAUGGUGCUACAUCUGGUACCGCCUUCUUCAGAGGUAUUGCAGCCGAGAGAUUCGCCGUUAGAAACUCUGGUGCUACCGCCAUUGUUGAAGGAACUGGUGACCAUGGAUGUGAGUACAUGACUGGUGGAAGAGUUGUUGUUCUUGGAUCUGUUGGACGUAAUUUUGCUGCUGGUAUGUCUGGUGGUAUUGCUUACGUUUUGGACAUGGCUCAGGACUUUGAAGAGAAGGUCAACAAGGAGAUGGUUGAGCUUGGAUCGAUUACCGACCCAUCUGAAAUUGCUUUCUUGAGAGGUCUUCUCGAGGAUCACAGACACUACACUGGAUCCGAGAUUGCUGACAGAAUCCUGAAUAACUUCAACAGAUUCUUGUCUAGAUUCGUCAAGGUGCUGCCUGUUGACUACAAGAAGGUUUUGGAAGCUGAGGCUAAGAAGCAAGAGGAACUCAAGGAAAAGGAAGCUUCUUCCUACUUCUCCACCAUCAAGGAGGAUCCAGAGGCUGAUGUCACCAACGGUGAGUUUUCUAGACCAAAGUCUAAGCGUGUCUCUGCUGCCAGCGCUGCAAAGGAGCCAAAGGUCAUGGAUCUUGAGGACACCAUCAUUGACAUCAAGGCUGAAGAGUCUAAGGCUGUCAAGCUGGACAAGCUCGGUGGAUUCGUCAAGUACAAGAGAAGACACGAGCCAUACAGACCUGCCAAGACCAGAACCAAUGAUUGGAAAGAGCUUUCUAGCAGAUUGACCAAGGAAGACUUGCACUACCAAACUGCCAGAUGUAUUGACUGUGGUGUUCCAUUCUGUCAAAGUGAUACCGGAUGUCCAAUCUCGAACGUCAUUCCUAAAUGGAACGAGCUUGUGUUUAAGGACAGAUGGUACGAUGCUUUGCAGAGACUUUUGAUGACCAACAACUUCCCAGAGUUCACUUCUAAGAUCUGUCCUGCUCCUUGUGAGGGUGCCUGUGUGGUGAAUGUUUCUGGUAAUGCACCAGUUGGUAUCAAGUCGAUUGAGGCAGGUAUCAUUGACUACGGAUUCCAGCAAGGUUGGAUCAAGCCUGAGCCACCUACCGUCAGAACUGGUAAGAAGGUUGCUGUUAUUGGAUCUGGACCUUCCGGAUUGGCAGCUGCUGAUCAACUGAACAAGGCCGGGCACUCUGUCACGGUUUACGAGAGAGCUGACCGUCCUGGUGGAUUGCUGAUGUACGGUAUUCCAAACAUGAAGCUUGACAAGGGUAUUGUCAAGAGAAGAACCGAUCUGAUGGAGGCUGAAGGUAUCACCUUUGUUUGUGGUACCACCAUUGGAGAGGAUGUUACUGUCGACGAACUCAGAAGAGAAAACGACGCCGUUUUGAUGUGUGUUGGAUCGACCAUUCCAAGAGACUUGAAGAUUCCAGGAAGAGAGUUCCAAAACAUCGACUUUGCUAUGACUUUGCUCAAGUCGAAUACACAAGCAUUGCUCGAGGAGAACUUGGAGGAGAUCAGAGCCAAGAUCGAGGGCAAGAACGUUGUUGUUAUUGGUGGAGGUGAUACCGGUAACGACUGUUUGGGAACUGCCACUCGUCAUGGAGCCAAGUCUGUGACCAACUUCGAGCUGUUGCCUACACCUGGUGAAGAGAGAGGCAAGGACAACCCAUGGCCACAAUGGCCAAGAAUCUUCAGAGUCGACUACGGUCACACUGAGGUGAAGGAGCACUACGGUAAGGAUCCAAGAGAAUACUGUAUUUUGUCCAAGGAGUUUGUUGGUGAUGAAGACGGAAACGUCAAGGGUAUCAAGACCGUGAGAGUCGAAUGGAAACGGUCUGACUCGGGUGCUUGGCAGAUGGCCGAGAUUCCAGGAUCUGAAGAGUUCUUUGCUGCAGAAGUUGUUCUUCUUUCCAUGGGAUUCAUUGGCCCAGAAGCCGAUAACUUGCAAGUGAGCCGUACUGCACGUGGAAACGUUGCCACGACCGAUCCUAACGGAUACCGUGUUGAUGGUGAAGGAAACCUGUUUGCAGCUGGAGACUGUAGAAGAGGACAGUCUUUGGUUGUCUGGGGUAUCCAGGAAGGAAGACAGUGUGCACGUGAGGUUGACCAAUACCUUAUGGGCCAGACCCGUCUUCCUGGAAACGGUGCUAUCCAAAAACGUAAUUACAAGCUGCUCGAGGAGCUUGCUUCUAAGGUUUGA